AGACAGAGGAACGCUACAGCAGUCACAUACAUACAACAGACUCUCAAGGAAAAAUCUCCUCACUCUCUCUCUAUAUUUUCCAUCUCUGGGUCAAUGCAUCUUCUACACUUCUAAUCAUCUGUCUCCCAUCAUUCCUUCCUUCUUCCCUUCUUUUCUCCUUUUCAAUUUUCAACUUAGUAUUGAUACAAUUGAUCUUUUUAAUGAAUACUUAAUACAGCCCCCCCUUCAUUCUCCCCUCUCUCUCCCUUCCUUUCUGCCUCUCCUUCUCCCUCUCUUUUUCACCACCUGUUAGUGCAGACCCCUUGCUCUGGGAUUCAUUUGCUUAUGAGGGAGUUGUACACUCACGCUAUCACAAAGCUCUAUGACGGUGCGCAAGGGAAAGAAACUGACCAUCUCCAUCCAGGAACACAUGGCCAUCGAUGUCUGUCCUGGCCCCAUCCGGCCAAUCAGACAGAUCUCUGCAUACUUUCCACGCCUCUCUCCCACCUCCUCAAUCUCUGAGCCCCUCUCCCCUAAUCCAGCUGGCUUUCCAUCAGCCCUCAGCCCAGGGGGUGGGGCCUCGAUGGCAAGUACUGGUGGCCUGUUGUCUCCUGUGUUGCCAGGAGCAACAGGGGGAGGGGGUGGUGGAGGUGGCACGCUGUCUUUGAUGAGCAGUGUGGACACGUCCAUUGAGGUUGACAGCUGUGACAGUGAUGACAGUACAUCUCUUGGUACUCUGGAGUUUGAUCUGCUGUAUGAGAGAGCCACCAGUUCCCUGCACUGCACUGUGAUAAAAGCAAAGGGCCUGAAGCCAAUGGAUUUCAAUGGUUUAGCAGAUCCCUAUGUCAAGUUGCACCUGCUUCCUGGAGCCUGCAAGGCAAAUAAACUGAAGACCAAGAUUGUGCGCAACACUCUAAAUCCAGUGUGGAAUGAGACUCUGACUUACUAUGGCAUCACUGAGGAGGACAUGUACAGAAAAACACUGAGGGUGUCAGUCUGCGAUGAGGACAAGCUGACCCACAACGAGUUUAUAGGGGAGUCACGGGUGGCACUGCGUCGUGUGAAGCCAGACCAGACCAAACACUACAACAUUUGCCUUGAGCACCCACCUCCGCUGCCCUCCCCCUCCGCUAUGAGUGCAGCACUCAGAGGGAUCUCUUGCUACCUGAAAGAGUGGGAGAGUGAACAGCAAAGGAGUCUGGAGGAGAGGGGGCGCCUCCUUCUCUCCCUACAGGUCCUCUCCGCGUCCAGCGAGGGAGACGAUGAAGGACAGCCCACAGAGGGGAAGCGCAGUGGGCUGUGUGUGGGGGUCCGCCGCUGUGCCCACCUGGCUGCCAUGGACGUCAAUGGCUUUUCUGACCCCUAUGUCAAAACGUACCUUAAGCCAGACCUGCACAAGAAAUCCAAACAUAAAACCGCCGUAAUAAAAAAGACUCUGAACCCAGAAUUUAAUGAGGAGUUCUUUUAUGAAAUUUCUUUCUCAGAGCUGUCCAGUAAGACGCUGGAAGUCACUGUUUGGGACUAUGACCUAGGGAAGUCCAAUGACUUUAUUGGUGGGGUGUCUUUGGGCUGUCACUCACAAGGAGAUGCUCUCCGCCAUUGGGUGGACUGUUUGAAGAACAAAGGCAAGAAGGUGGAGAGAUGGCACACACUGACCAAUGAGCUACCGGGAUCAAUUUACCAUGACUAACAUGGCCAAAGGCACUGUAUGACUUUCAUAGGCAGGACAGCUGAUGAGCAUGAAACAAAAUACAUUUUGGACUGGUAGGGCAAUCUGUACAGGGAUUCAUUUUAUGUCAUCAUAGUAGAGUGCAAUCUUUGUAUUGUGCAUCCUACCCCAUAACCAUUCAAUCCUAUUGCUUAUGGGUUUUUCUUUAUUCAACUUCUUGCAUCUCGCAACUCCCCUCACUAUCUAGUCAUUUAUCUUUCUCUCACAUGCAAUAAUAUAUGAUUGAACAAUGCUUCCAAAAUAAUACUAAGUGGUCUUAAAAUUACAUACAGUCCCUUCCAAAAGUAUUGGGACAGCAAGGCCCAAUUCUUUUGUUUUUGCUAUACACUGAAUACAUUUGGGGUUGAGAUAAAAAAUAAAUAAAUAAUGAACACGAGACAAGAGAAUUUAAUUUCAGUUUUUAUUUCCUGGUAUUUGCACCUAGAUGUGUUAAAAUACUUAGAACGUAGUACCUUUGGUAUCAGACCACCCAAUUUUUAGCUGAGCAAAAGUAUUGGAACAGAGUAUUUAAGUAAUGAAAGUAAAUAACACCUAAUAUUUGGUAGCAUAUCCCUUGCGACUCAUUGGAAUUACCUUCUGUUGCAUUCUUCUUUUGUGAUGCUAUUCCACACUUUGACUUCAGCCUCUUGCAUGCUCAAUUGGGUUAAUUGGGUGGUCUGAUACAAAAGGUAAUAUGUUCUAAGUUGUUUAACAAAUCUAUUAAAAAAGGAAGCAGGAAAUAAAAGCUGAAAUUCAGAUCUGUCACCUCAUGUAUAUCAUUUGACCCCAAACUGUAUAGUGUAUAGCAAAAACAAAGGAAUUGACCUUGCUGUUCCAAUACUUUUGGAGGGGACUGUAUAUCAUUAUUAAUACAGAUUACCAUCAACAGCUGCCCAUAUUUGGUAAUCUGUUUAUUAAUAAUAACAAUUAUAAAAAAUGUGUUCUUCCAUGUUGAGUGUUUCUGUGUGAAAUCUUGAAAAAUAAAUUUGCAUGUUAAAAUAUUAUAACUGUUUUUAUGUCUCCCGAUUCCCUGCUCCCUGCUGAUGUACACAUUCUCUUUGGAUCAGGUUGUGAGCACACCCCCACAAUGUGUUUUGCACAUUGUUAGCCGUGUACACACCACUAUGUGUUUUGAUAGCCUCUGUAUUCCUGUCAUGUCAGAUAAACUUCUUAGGACUCGUCAAAAGAAAAUGAAGUGACAUCUGUGACAGUUUAUCCAGGCUUGCAUACAAUGGUUUUGAGAAGUCUCCGCUAAUUUGUUAUUCAAUUUUCUAAAUAGUCAUGACAUGUAUUAUGUUUUAUGCACAAGACAUUGUGGGAAGUAAUUCAAACCUAUUUUGCCGUGAUUACCUCCCCUGUUAUCCUCUUCUCUCCGUUUUUCAGUUCUGAUUGCUUGCACUAUUGUUCCCCGUAUUGGUGUAAAUAUGACAUAUUAAUAGAUUUCUGAUUUAUACGUUUCGUUAUGUAAUAUUCUAUUAUUUCUUAAUGCUAGCAUUUUUAUAUAGGUAGCAAAAUAUUAAUCUUCACAGAAUAUUGUCAUUUAUUUAUUAUUUAUUCAGGUAUUGAUUUUCUUAUUGAUAACAGACAUUUUAAUGUGAACUGCAGUUCUUAUGCUGUGCCUGUACAGAGAGAGGGGUGCUUUUUUCAGUGUCAGUGGAGUAUGUUGUUCUUCAGUGAUGUUACUGUAUUGUGUCUCUCAAUCUGGCUGUGUCACUGCCCCGACUAAACAGCAUGUCUGAUUGUAUGAGUGUGAAUUUAUAAUGUUGAAUAAGUGUUCCUAUUGCUAUGGUUUGUUCUGUUCCUGCAGGGGUGCAAGGAAAAGGAUCAUGUUUAUAUUUAUAUCAGGUAUUUAUGUACAUUAUCAAAUACAUUUGGAAUGCAAUAA